GCGGCAAGUUGCGCAUCAUAUGUUCGCAAUAGCAGCCAUUUUCGUCCGUCGCCGAGACGAAACGUGUUGUUGAAUAUAUCGAAGAAAAUCCUCUCAAAUUAAAAGGUAUGGAAAAAAAGAAAAUCCGAUUCGCUGCCAGAAAAAUGGCGUCAACACGGCGUCAUCUAAAUAGAAUAAUUCAAAACAAGACAAAAGAUACAAUUAGUCUUCUUCAAGCUCACACUGGUCUCUCUGCAAUCUCGCCAAAAAAUAAUGUUAAAUCUUCUUGUUUCUCUCAUAAUUCUAAUAUUGUUAGUAACGAAAAUUUUGAAAAUGACAACUGCAUUGCAGUACAAGAUUUUGCGUCUGAUUUCACGUUUGUUGAUCAAAAUACAUUUUCGAUGAAUUUAGUAAAUUUCGAUUUCACAAAAUAUAGGGAUGAGCAAAUUGGUGAUAUAAAUUCAGUUUUACUCAGUAAUAAUUUUGAACCUGGACCAAUAAAUAAUGAUAAAGAUUCAUUGUUAAUAUUUAAAAAAAAAUUGCAUCAUUGGUCUUUGCAACAUAACAUUUCUCACUUAGCUAUAAAAACACUGUUACAUAUUUUAAGAAACGCUUAUCCUGAUGAACUUAAAAAUUUACCAAACGAUCCUAGAACUCUACUAAAAACUCCUCGCAAGGUGUUUCUAGAAACAGUUACUCCAGGUUAUUAUUGCCACCUUGGGAUUGAGAAUGGUAUAAAUCGUGCAUUUAAAAAUAAACCUGUUGAAAUGAUUCCAGAUUUGAUCACUUUAUCAGUAAAUAUAGAUGGACUUCCAGUUAGCAAAUCAUCUGGAAGUCAGCUCUACCCAAUUCUUGGCAUUUUAAAUUCUUUUAAUAUUACAUUUUAUAUUUUUGUGAUAGGAAUUUAUCAUGGUUACGAAAAGCCUCAAAAUUUUAAUGAUUUUUUGGCAAAAUUUGUUCAAGAAGCCAUUUAUUUAUCAACAAAUGGAAUUCAAAUUUUUAACAAAGUUUCUAUUUUUAAAAUAGAAAAAUGUCUUUUUGAUGCAGUAGCUAAAGCUAGUGUUUUAUACGUUAAAGGCCACUCAGGGUAUUCGUCUUGUACAAAGUGGGCAUAAGAAUAAAAGAAACUAUAUGUUUCCCAGAACUGGCUUUUCGAAAACGUACUGAUCAAGAUUUUUUAGAUCAGUCAGAUGAAGAAUAUCACAGAGGCGUCACUGCUUUAGUUAAAAUUCCUAACGUAAAACUGGUCACAGAUAUUCCAUUGGAUUAUAUGCACCUCAUUUGUUUGGGAGUAGUAAAAAAACUUCUUGUAUCUACAUGGUGUUUUGGACAUCCACCUCAUAAAUUUUUCGCAAGAACUCUUGAAUUACUUUCUAAAAAUUUAUUAUCGCUAAAAACACCUUCUGAGUUUGUCAGAAAACCGCGCUCAUUGAAAGAAUGCAAACGUUGGAAAGCUACAGAAUUUAGACAAUUUCUACUUUAUACUGGUCCAAUUGCUUUAGAAAAUUGUCUUCAUCAUCAAAAAUUUGAACAUUUUCUUACUUUGGACGUUACUAUCAGAGUUUUAUUAUCGGAAGAACAUAUAAAGAAAUUUAUUGAUUAUGCAGAAUUGCUUUUAAAACAUUUUGUAUCUACUUGUAAAAUUAUAUAUGGACCGCAAUUUUUGUCUCAUAAUGUACAUAAUUUACUGCAUAUUACAGAUGAUGUAAGGCGGUUUGGAAUUCUUGAUAAAUUUAGUAACUUUUCUAGUGAAAAUUAUUUACAAAUACUGAAGAACUUAAUUCGAAAAUCUGACAAUAUAUUGCCUCAAAUCGUUCGUAGAAUUAUUGAGAUGGACGCUGACAAUGAGAAAAGUUUUACAGAAGAUUCAAACCGUAAUAUUAGAGUAAGACGCGAGCAUAUCGGGGGGAUUUUGAUCGAAAAUUGUGGUAAUCCUCAGUUUUCUGAAGCUGUAUUUCCCAAUUUCAAAUUUAACCUUUCUCGAGCAAACCGAUUUUGUAAAAUGCAAGAUGGUAGUAUAGUUGAGAUAAUAAAUUUUGCACAUUGCGUGAUCAGUGAUACAGUUGUAGCUAUAGGAGCAACCUACGAAGUAGUCGGAGAUUUGUACCAAAAACCUUGCAGUUCAAGUUUACUCGAUAUAUGCAUAGUUAGAAAAAGUAGUAGAGAAUUGUCAUAUUGGGAAUUAAACAAAAUUACUUCAAAAUUGAUAUGUUUACCUUACAAAAAUAAUUUUGUUGUUUUACCAUUUUUACAUAUCUAAAAUUUUUAUUAAAUACCUAUGUUUUUGUUUUAUUAAAGGUUAUAUUAUCAAAAAUAUAUAUUAAACCUACAUAAUUACAAGAAAUGAAUGAGUGUAACAACGGCGGGUGGUAUAUAGUGAAAUUUUUAGACGAAAAUGCUAUAGAAGCGGUGCCAAGCAACUGGCUUUUAAAUUUUGAACAAUGCUUAUGGCCCAAUUAUCCAUCAUUCGCUAAAGCCGAGUUGCAAUUGGCCUUAAAAAAUUAAGCUCAACCUGAAAAAGAAUGGGCCAAAUAUUCAAUAAAACUUAUUUGUAAAAAAUUGUUUACAAAAUUUCAAACUGCAAAUAAUGCAGCAACAAAAGCUGUUGAAGAAUCUGAUUUUGAAAAGGAAGAUCAUUUACCAACAAAGCGAAAAAGAAUACCUCGUAGGAAAUACUCUUCAAGUAGUGAAAGUAACUGUGAACAAGAAGUUUACGAUGUAUCCGAACUUCCCCCCGUGACGGUUGUGUCUCAACCGAAGGUGUGUGCAGAUUCGCAAUUAAAAACCAUUUCUGAAUGCACAACCAUCACUCUUGCACCUGAUAAUCCAAUAACAGCAGCUUCUACUUCAGGAUCAUUUCAGUCAACAGCUUCUACUGUGUCCUAUGCUCAAAAAAAUGUAGAGGGCAACUAUGAGUUCCAGAAACAAGUCUUACGUUAUUUGAUUACAAUACAAACUAGGCAAAGGGAUCAGAACGAUCUAAUGCAACUCAUUCUCGACAAGAUGCAAAAAAUUGAUGACGCCAACGAAAUUAAAAAUGUUGACUUGGAACAAAAUAAUUUAGAUCUAGUUACACGUUUUCCUGUGUGUGAUGAAGAAUCAUUACAAGUAAUAGAGGAUUUCAUAAGUGAAAAUGAAGAAAAUAGGGAAAAAGUGACAUCCUUCUUGUCCGCGGUAGGUGGACGCAAUGCUCCGGAAUUUAUCCGCAGGGCCCUUUCGCGACUAAUAAGCAACAAGUUCGCUAUACUCUACAGUUGGGUAGGGCACAAAGGAAAAAAACCCUUUAGCAACUUAAAAAUUGCAGGCGUACUUAAAGCUGCUGUGAAAAAGUUCACAAGAAAUUCGUGGACCGAAAAGGACAUUGAGUUGGCUGCUUCUAAAUGGUUAGCAAAGGCAAGAGACCGCAUUAAAACUAACAAGGAACCAAAGAUGAAUUAAUUAAGGUACCUUUUGUUAAAGAUUUAUAUUAAUAAUACUCAUGUUACCAACAUUUUCUUUACGUUUGAAUUUUUAAAUUUUAUUUACCAAGUGAUGAAAACUAGUUACUAAGUUUCAUACGUUUUAAUAAUUGUAAUAUUAGUAGAGGAAAACAUAACACCUAGAUUUCACACUACAUUUGUUGAAUGUUAAAAAAUUGUAUGCACAAAUAUAUUUUUGAUAUAUUAAAAAAAUG